CGCGUCACUCGCGUCACCCUCGCAGCUCGACCUGACCCGCUCUCCUCGCUGACCUCGACCGCCAUGUCGCGCGUGCGGGCCUCCUCGGCGCCGGCGCCCAAAGGGCUGAAGCGCCCGGUGAAAGUCUGCGUCCGGGUGCGGCCAGUUUUAGAGCGGGAGGUGGAGAAUGGCUGCUACCAUGGUUGCAUCGCCAUGGCCCAUGAGCGUGUCUACAUUAGCACAGAGGAUAAGCCUGUUCUCAUCGGCAGCAAGGAUGACCCGCCGCCUGAAGGCGUCAAGGUGUAUCCUGGCUUCGAUGGGCUGCUGGACCAAGACUCCAGUCAGGAGGAUUGCUUCCAAGUCGCGGGCCGCGAGACCGUGGAUGGUGUCCUUUGGGGUCUCAAUGGUGCCCUCAUGGCCUAUGGCCAGACCAGCACUGGGAAGACCCACACCAUGGUGGGAGACAAGAGCCGGCCCGGGCUAUGUCUCAAGGCUGCGGCUCAUCUCUUCUCCGAGGCAGGGCUUCUUGGAUCUCAGAUUGAGGUCACGGCCUCCUUUCUACAGUUGUAUUUGAAUCACAUCACCGACUUACUGGUCAAAGAUGGCCACGAAAAGAAGUUGAAGCUUCGAGAAGUGGUCGAAGAGGACUUUGUGGACACUCGUGUGGAAGGCCUAAGCUCUCGCCCGGUGAAGAGUAUGGACGACGUGGAAGCCUUGUUGGAAGAAGGAAAUCGACGACGGCAGCAGGCGUGUACGGCCUUGAACGCUAGCUCCAGCCGAUCGCAUGCCGUGCUGAUCCUCAACGUAACUCUGUGGCAAGGCGGGACUGAGGAGGAGAACGCCACCGACGCCAAACUGUACUUGGUCGACUUGGCUGGAUCUGAACGGGUGAAGGAUUCCUGCGCCACAGGCGAUCGCCUGACCGAAGCGGUUCACAUUAACAAGUCUCUCUUUGCCCUGCAGGGCGUGGUGGCCGCACUCGCAGACGGCAAUCCCUUUGUGCCGUACCGCAACGACCCCCUGACGCAGCUCUUGCGUCCUGCAUUGGGCGGCAACUGCUGCACCACGCUGGUCGCUACGGUGUCACCGGCACAGAAGCCACUGGGCGAACGAGUUCGGGUCGUUUUGGCGGGUGAGUUGCAGCGCAGGCAGGGUCUUGCUGCGCCCCUUCCAAAGCCAAAGCGCAAAAGGCACUCGAGAGAGUCGGAGGGCACCUUGAACUUUGCCUCCAGCUGCCGGAGGAUCAAGGGCGAGGUCUUUGUGAACUCGGUGCGAAAGCCACGGCCAUGGGAGGAGAAGCCCAAGGAGGAGCCCACGAAGACCGAAGAGCCGGAAUGUCCUUGGGCCUCCUUAGCCGCACUGGACGCUGCGUCAGUGAUGGAAUCGCAGAUGCUGGACACGGCUCAUGGGCAGAUCCAUGUCCUCACCUGUGGACCAGCGGAUGGUGAGGCCGUCCUGUUGCUUCAUGGCUGCCCAUCGGAUGCAUGGACCUGGAAGUGGCUUUUUCCGCCCUUGCUCUACAGCAAGUACCGUGCCAUUGCCAUUGACAUGCCGGGCUUUGGCAGUUCGCCGGGGACGCGCUUGGGGAGUCGAUCGGAGCUGAACAACGCCAAGGGCGGACCACUGGACAUCUGCUGUGCCGUGCUGGACGCCCUGGGGGUCCAAAAGGCCAACGUGGUGGGAUAUGAUUGGGGUGCUGGUAUCGCACUGUCCAUGGCCUUACUGCGGAAGACCCGUGUCAACAAGAUCGUGCCCUUCCAUCCAUCCUACUCCCCACCCAAAGGCGAGAACCUCGGAGUCAUGCCGGUGCCGGUGCUGGUGCUCUGGGUGAAGGAAGAUCAGUUCCACAAUCUGACCAAGUGGCGGAAGCAUUUUCAGGCCUUGCCCAGUUCAAAGAGAGAGCUCGAAGUCUACUCCUUGGGCUCUCGCUGGAAGCCCGGCAUGUCCCUGGGCAGUGACCCUCAGCUGGGUCCGCAGCUGCAGCGCCGCAUCCUGGCGUUCCUCGCCGGCGAGGUGGCCGCGCCGGUGGCCGGCGCGCUGGAGAAGCGCUUGGAGGCCAAGGCGGCCACCGCCGCGGGGCAGCUGGUAGUGCAUGCGCAGAAUGUGGUGGUGGCCGACGCCUUGGCGGACGCAGGCGAUGUGGCGAAGCAGCUGAGGGAGGUCGCGGACCCCACCUUAGCAGCAGUGCAACAAUUCAAAGAGUUCCCUGGCGAAUAUGCCUGGAUGAAUAUGGAUGGAUGGCUUUGGAGGAGUGUGGCUGUGGGGCUCUGGAGCGCGGGGCGCCUGGCAGCGCUCUACGCGCAGCGCCUCACGGGCUCCUCGGCGUCCUCGGCGGCGCUCUUCGGCGCGCUGCCGGAGAUGAGCCCCGAGGCCUUGAGCGAUCCAAACAUCUUGGUGAACUUGGGCCUUUGGUCGCAAGCGCCCGAAGGCUGGGAGCGCAUGCGGCACACGCCUCGGUACUGCGUGGGGCGCAAGGUGCUGGUGCGGCAGAAGGUGAUCUUCAAGCCUUCGGAUUCCGACUUCAUGUGCGUGUCAUCCUCCGGGGCAGACCGUACGACCUCCAAAGCGGAACUGAAGGGGAAGUCCAAGGAGAAUGCUGAUACGUGGUUGGUGGAGGUCACUGAGGCAGGUGGCAGCCGCCGAAUGGCGGAGGUGCCCAAGGCCGAGGUGCUGCGGCUCAACCAACGGCAUGACUUGGCAAAGAACGGGAAGCAUGUGCUACUGGAGGAUGGCUUGAAGUGUGACUAUUCCUCUCCACUCUGUCGCGCCAAGCUUUGCGAAAUCGCGCUGGCACUGAGCCCGGUGGUGAAAAACCUGGACUUCAACACCGCCGAUGGCGGGGAGGCGGUGCAACUGAAGGCCUUGGAGGUCAUUCGAAAGUGUUUGGACAUCAUCACCUUCCAGAAGGGCCUCGAUCGCGGCCGGAGCUGUGCCACGUGCGAUGACGUGGCCAAGAUGGCUUGUCAUGGCCAAGGCCAUUGCCACACGGUCUCCUCCACGAUGGCGGCCUUUCUGUUUCCCUUCGCCCAGGUGCUGGGCUUGGACGUGAAGUACCGCGGGGGCUACUCCUGGGGCGGAGUGAACAUGGGCGAACCCGCAGACGAGACGGUCGAGGUGGCCGACAGCCCUGAACGACAUCAAUGGCUGGAAGUGACGUUACGCCCUUCGCUGCAGAGCUAUGUGUGUGAUCUUUGGGUGGCCGAUGCAGUGGGGAACGAUGCCCUUAAAUGGCCCAUCAGUGAGGCCUAUCAGAACCGGCUGUACCCCAACGGCAGCUUCAAUAUCGGACAGCAAAGCUGUCCCGAGGAAGCUACUGAUCUUGACUUGCCAGAGCUGUAA